CACAUUAUUUCCUUGUUACUUUUCCUUCCCUGGUAUUAUACAUCACCGCUAUCAUCUGUCUCUGUCGGAGUCUGCUGCUGCGUCCUGUCAAUCAUUUACAGCCCCGCAGAUGUGACGGAAAACCGCGUCUCUUUCACUGGGAGCGGGAGGAGGAAGUGUUGCUCCGUGGCCGUGGAUAAAAAUCCUCCCCGUCCUUCUACACACAUUUCAUUCGUUUGUCUCAGGUUGGAGCGGACUCACGAGGUUCCUCCACGGAAACUAGAUCCAAGCAGAGACCGCUCAGGAGGAAGCCUCCCAGGCUUUAACCACAGAGGAAGAAUCCAAACCUUUUGUCUUUGUUGAGGUGUGAGGUGUUUGGUUUCAGCUCAUUAACAGCCGCGUUUCUUUCCGUGUCUCCUCGCGGGCGCUGGUUUCCAGGUGACCCAGAUUACAAAACAGCGACCUGCAAAGAAGUUCUGACAUGACGUGCAGGCUCAGGGGGACCAGGGCUGGGACGGGGGCUUGAGGCUUGGCUAUGACGUACCUGGCCCACACCGCCCACGCCCAGCUGGGCGCUCUGUGGCUGGGCUGCGUGGGGUGGACGCUCACCGCCGUGGCCCUUGGACUCGUCCAGUGGAGGGUGUGGCAGGUGCCCGACACAGAGUUCAUCAGCUCCGGCGUAGCGUGGGUGGGGAUCUGGAGGACCUGCUUCUACACCCGCACCGUGGUGAGCGACGGCUACAGGAUCAUGCACUGCACCUACAUCGACCUGACGCAGGACUUCACGCCCCCGGAGAUCGCGGCCGGUCAGGUCCUCAUGCUCCUGUCGGUGCUGGUGGGGCUGUGCGGGAACGCGGGGGGCGUUUACGCACUGAGGAACGUCUUCUUCAGGGUGAGGAGCCAUUUGCUGAUCCGGCCGGCCUUCAUCAUCUCCGGGGGACUGUGUCUUCUAGCCGCGCUCAUGUCGCUGGUGCCUCUGCUGUGGAACCUGAGCUCAGUGGUGACCAACCAGACCAUCAACUUCACGGAGGACUUUAAAAUGCCCCGGGCGCCUCGUUCACAGCACGUGGGGGCUGGCAUCGGGGUGGGGAUCGUGGGCACGGCCUUGAUGGUUGUGACCGGGGUCAUUUACUGCACAUACAGGCUACCAGAGAGCUCCCACACUAACAACAACCUGUCUCUGAGGGAUCACGUGUUGCGGCAGAAGUCUCUGCCGUCGCUGAUGUCCGGCUCCGUGGGCAAAGACAACCCCGCGUUCGAGGCUCAUGAACGCGUGUGAUCUGUGGACGAGAGGAGCUCACACAUCAAAUGCAAAGCAAAGUUGUGAUUUGUGUUUGCCUGAAGUCUGUCAGUGCCCACAGUCUGUGAGUCAUCUGGUUUUAUCCUGAGGGGAGGAUGGACGGAAUGACUCAUGUCCUGGACGCAGUCAGACUUAACGCCAUGUUGCUCGUUCCUAACACACCUACAGAAGAAAUGACUCAAAUGUGCAAUUAGAAAUAUUACUGGAAUAAUGAUGAUAAAAUGUGGAUAUAAGCUAUUGUGUUGUGUAACUUUAUACAUAUUUAAUUUUUUUUUUACCAGUGAUGCUGUAAAUUAAAACCAUGUAAAUAAACUCAGUUUGUGUAAUAAAUGUUGCUUAAAUUACGUGAUAAAAAAAAAAAAAAAACGUUUUGUUUUUUUUCUUAAAUAUUUUAUUCAAAAAAAGCAAAAAGCUCAUCUCCAAAAUUUCAAACCAUCUGCAUCAAUGUUCCUCUGGUGAUGAUCAGUCCCUUCACCUCACUGAGAUCAACGGUUAUGGCUCAAAUCACAGCCUGUGCUGCCUCGGGAGGGAGGGAGGGGGGGUUUGCACAAAGCUGACGCACAUUAUCACUACAUUAUGUCUUUAUUUUUAUUGGUUUUUCUUUGAAGGACACGCCUCUGGGAAGUGCAUUUCAUUUAGAAACAUAUUUAACACGGAUGGCAGUAGAGGCGGCUGAUCGCGGGACAGUCGGUGCAUGUUUGAAUACGUCCCAGAGGUCGUGCAAAUAUCUUCACUUUUCCAUCCACCUGUUCAGACUAAUUUCCAAAAUGAAUCAGUGACAGGGCUGCUGCUAAUCUUCACACAGUACACAGGUUAAGAGUUUCAUUCCAAAGCCAAAGUAAGAAAAAACGUUAAAAAACCAACAGCAGGAGGAUAAAAUGAUCCGAGUUCAGCGAGCAAAAAUAUUUCUAUAACGGGGAUAUUUUUAUAUAUAUAUAUAUUCUGAUCCAUCACUACAGAAUGAAACCCUUAAAUAUAAAUAAACGACGACACCGGAGACACACAUGGCAUAUCAUCCAAACACUGGUACUGAAUACAACACGCACAAGUAAAGCACAUUUAGCAUUUUAAAAAAAUCUCAAACAUGACGGGUCAAUUAUUAACAUGACUUUACAAUUUAAUUAUGGUGCAGUUUUUUUUAAAAGGUGGCGCAAACACACGCACACAGGCUGCGAAUGGUUCAAGCUGCUGAGGAUCGUGUCCGGCGUGUGAAUCUGAAGUGUGUGUUAAAUGCCUCAGACGUGAGAAACGCAUGUGGAAUGAAGUGUCUGCGUAGAAAUAAUAGCAGCUUUGACGACCAGAUUAACAGAGCGCGAUCAAACCUGUUUGUCCUAUAAAAAGCAUAAUAGGGAAAUGAUGCCAGCUUAUGAAAUGCAGCUUUAAAGGAACAGUGCAUCGAGAAAUCUACGUCUGACGGUAAAUCCUAAAGUCCAAACUCAUUCUCCUUCAGUGUUUUUCUGUGUCGUCGGGUCAAGUCUGGAUGAGCUGCUCCUUUACGCGCGUUAUGUAAUUACAGAAACAUAAAAUAUGCAAAUUUAGAUGAAGCACUCACGCUGAGCGAACGCGUCCCUGCACCGCCGUCCGUGUCCCCGUGUCCCCCCCCUCCCACUCCUCAUCUCAGUCUCUCGUCCUCCCCGCCCUCACACAUGGAAGCCCUAAUCGAGUCCAUUUUGAUCCAGAUGGUUUGAAACUGAACAAAAAAUACGCACGUACAUACAAAAUAAAAUACAAAAUAGGAAAAAGAUUCUUUUUUUUUUUUUUUUUUUUUUUUUAAGAAACGCAGGAUGCUUAAUCGUU